AGAGAGAGAGAGAGAGAGCGCUUAUAUAUCGCAACGUUGGUGAAAGAUAUCUAGACCCGAGAAGGGUGGUGAUGUGAUAUUUGUUUCCUGAGACAGAGAUAAGAGAGAGAGAGAGUGUGUGUGUUUGAUCCGUGUACGCGAAAACAAAAAAGGGGGUGACGAGUAUAUGUCCGCGAGAGGUAAAGAUGGAUCGAAUGAGGGAGAUUAUAUAUCGUCGUUUGCGUUAGUAUAGUUGUGGAACAUGGAGUUCUGGCCGGAGUUUCUCGCGAGCAGUUGGGGCAGAGAAUUUGUGGCUGGCGGGUUCGGGGGCACCGCUGGGGUGAUCUCCGGUUACCCUCUCGACACCCUCCGGAUAAGGCAGCAGCACCUGGGGUCGGGCUCGGCCGUCAGCAUCCUCAGGAAAAUCAUCCACGAUGAAGGGCCAGCCGCUCUGUACCGGGGCAUGGGCGCACCCUUGGCUUCCGUCACGUUUCAGAACGCCAUGGUAUUCCAAAUUUACGCCAUCCUUUCUCGAGCAUUUGACUCGUCUGUUUCGCCGAAAGACCCUCCUUCAUACAAGGGUGUUGCUCUGGGUGGGGUUGGCACUGGGGCUGUACAGAGCCUCAUCCUCACCCCUGUAGAACUGAUCAAGAUUCAGCUUCAAUUACAGGACAGAAAACACGCCCAAACUCAUCAACAGCAGCAUCACAGGGGACCGGUAAGUGUCGCCAAGUCCAUAUACAAACGCGAAGGGUUAAAGGGCAUGUACCGCGGACUAGGGAUCACCGUCCUUAGGGAUGCGCCUGCCCAUGGAGUCUAUUUCUGGAGUUACGAGUACAUGAGAGAGAAGCUCCACCCAGGCUGCAGGAAGAACGGGCAUGAAAGCUUAAGGACGAUGCUCAUAGCAGGAGGGCUAGCUGGAGUAGCAAGCUGGGUUUUUUGCUAUCCAUUGGAUGUGUUGAAAACGAGGCUACAGGCUCAGUCCCAACUAUCCCCGACGAAAUACAAUGGCAUAGUUGAUUGUUUCUGCAAGAGCGUACAAGCAGAUGGGUAUGGCGUUCUGUGGCGAGGACUAGGGACUGCAGUCGCCAGAGCUUUCAUGGUGAAUGGUGCUAUUUUUUCUGCUUAUGAGACUGCUCUUAGGUGCUUGUCCAACAGCAAGGACCACACAAACAGUCAAACAGAAAAUGCCACUUAAGUGUGUACAAGUUAGCACAGCUUUGUCUUGGGGUAACAGACCACAGAUAAGCCAGAGAGUAUUGUCGUGUCAAUGAGUUCACAUACAUUCAACAUUGUGCCCAGAUACUCACAGAUUUGAUAGAUGGGAUUAUGUCAAUCUUUCAUCUACUUGAAACUGCAGUGCUUUCUCAAUGACAUACAGAAAAUUUGCAGC